GUGUCGGACCACUACACAUGUCGUGUCACAUGGCGCGGGGGUAGUUACUACUACCCGAAGAUUAAGGUUAAAUUUGAAGAAUUCAACCUAUGAGACAGAGUGAGGGAAUCCCCUUUCAAAAAAUUUUCGAGAGAGCGCCCAUCCAAUUUUAAGGAGCAUUUUUUCAUCAAUUGAUGCUUCACAAAAUAAAAUCUGACAAGCCGGACGAGGUGCAUUUCUAUGAGGGAAGGAAGAGAUGUAGAUUUGGGAGGGUGGAGUUCGGCUUGGUCACCGGGUUAAACUUGUUGCCCGGCCCUACUGAGGAAGACAUCAAACAAAAUGGAAGCUCUGACCGGUUGAUUCAGGAAUAUUUCAACGGUAGUGCUUCGAUCAGCUUCGGCCAACUGCGCAGAGUUUUUGAGAGCUGCACAGAAGCUGAUGAUGUCUACAAGUUGGGGAUGGCCUUGUUUGUUAUGGGCGUCCUCACUGGUAAGGAGGAGAAGACUGUCGUUCCUCCUUUUGUGAUAAGAAUGGUUGAUAACCUUCCAUUCUUCUACGAGUACCCCUGGGGAAAGAUUUCUUACACCAAGCUGAUGGAAACUUGUAACAAGGAUUACUUGGAUGUGAAUAAUAAGAUGUUGAAAAAGAUUGAGAAGGGAGUCACUCAGAAGGAGGCAAAAUACUCAGCCUACGGCUAUGCUGCAGCGUUGCAGUAUUGGGCAUACGAGGCCAUAUUACAGCUGGGCAACGAGUAUGCAGUGAGGAGGUCGCAUCGCUUUCCGAGAAUGGUCAACUGGGAGAGUAAGCCGAACACUACACUCGGGAAGGAUGAAGUGACCAGAUUAUUUGCUAAAAAUUUGACAGUGUACUCCAUGUUAUGUCCUCGGCCGAACAAGAUUGAGUUUGUGAGUUACAUAACCGGGGGUCAGCCUCCGUUAUUUGUUGACUUGGAGGAACUUGUGUUGGGUGAGGAUGGGCAACCAACACAGGAUGCUUUGCGAAGCCAGGCCGAAAAGCUUGCCUCCACAUUGGAAGAACAAGCGGAGGCAGCCCGAAUAUUUAAAGACUCUACACCACCUCCACCAUCUCCACCACGUGCACCGCCUGCAAUUCCAGAUGGGUCUAGUGUUGACCCAUCUCCAGCUUCAGUUCCUGAUGGGUCUGGUGUUGACCCACUUGCAGCAUCACAGGAUCCUCCUGUUCCCCCGUCAGUUCUAUUCCCAGCACCUCAGAGGCUCGCGAUCCAGUAUACCCUGCCAUUUUGGCAAGGUUGGAGACUGGGGAGAGGGGGCAGGCCGCUCUGCUAAGAGGACAAACAGCGAUUAUGGAUCAGUUGAAGACCAUAAUGAUGCUCCUGCAAGAUCCUGGAAGGCCGGCAGCAAAUUCACAGCCACAGCCACAGCCACAACCGGAAGAGGAGGCUCGGACACCGGAAGAUGACUUCAUUCUCCCAAAUGAUUACCAGAUGAUGAUGACAUGUUCUGUACACCUGAGAAGACGAAUAUCACCAGCAUCGGGGAUACUCAGGAUUCUGAGGUGCAGGUGUUAGAGACAACUCCAGAAGUCAUGGAGAACCGGAGGAAGAGAAGGCGGCCUAGGUGGUUCGCUGAGUACACUGAAAUGAAGAAGAAGGCUAGGGCUACUUCGACACUCGUGAAUGCGGACCCACUUAGAGUGGUUGAUCGGAAGCUGCUCAAGACUUUUCACAAUUGGGUACUCGGCCAGAUUGGGAAUAAUUACCCGAGAGAGUGCUUCACCGGUCGAUACCAUUUGUCUUGGUUCCUCGAACUGCAUACUCCGAAGUUUUGGCUUGGCAACGAUGUAAGUUUUUAAGACUUUUUUACUGCUUUUGCUUUUAAAGACUUUAUCUAACUCUUUUUUAUUUAAUCUCUGACAUAUUUAAUUUUCAUGUUUUAGCAUUUGGAUGCGGCAUUCCAUUUGAUGAGGAGGCGGCAACACUUUUAUCCCGAGGCCUACCCAAAUAGAUGUAUCAUAAUGCCGUGUAUUUUCUCAGCAGGAGUUAUUGCUCGGUGGGAAGCUGCGGGUGAUGAGCAGGCUAACUAUCAGUGGGACGAGAGCAUAUUAGAUUUGAUUCGAGGGGAUGAAAGUCAAUUCUUGGCCAGUUGGAAGAACAAGGAGAGAAUAUAUAUGGCCCUCUACUUCAAUGGAACAAAGCAUUGGGUGGCACUAGAGGUAGAUCUGGAUCAUUGGUUGUUGAACAUAUUUGACUCGAGCCUCGGAUCGAUUUCCCCGAACGAAUUGAAGCGUCACCUGGCAAUGUGGGAAAAUUACUACCAAAUUUGCUGCUGCAGGCUGGCCUAUUCGAGAGUCAUGACAUGAUCCUCGUGCCUCAACUUACUGUUGGGUUUUAUGCCCUAAAUAAAACUCAUUUCAUAUAAUCAGAUUUACUUAUUAAUAAAGAUCAGAAAUAACAUUUUAUGUUGCAUGGUUCACAUGAAUUAUUUCAUGAUUAUAUGUAUAUAAUGUAUGAAUUCUUUUUAAGUCCAGAACAUAUGAGUUGGUUAAAGAUUAUAGUGUUGUCAGCACAGUGGAAUAUAAUCUUAAAUUAUAUGUUCAAAAGUUGAUUCCCUGAUUUGUCAGAACACUGGAUUUAGACUGACAUGGUAUAAUCAGCGAUAGGUAUUCUUACACCUUGGAAAAGUGUUAUGUCCUUUCCAGGACAUUGGCAAAGUUUACCAGUAUCGGAUGUAUGGAGUAUACAUUGGAAGGGACCGAUAUUGAACUUUGAUUAGAUAUGUUAAAACUUACCGUAAUAUCUAUUUAAUUCAAUAUCACCUGUUGAUCCUAGAUCAAAUAAUCUCAAUCCUGAUAUGGUUAGGCUUAAUUUCAAGAGUGUUACUCGUGUUCUUUGAUUUGUUAGUUAAGCCUAGUUUUGUAUCAGGGUGAUACGUACAUUUUGGGAACAUGGUAAUGCAAUUGAAUGGGAGCGCUAACAUAAAUAUGGAAUCUAUAGCUUCUAUUUGGCAAAUAGAAGUAAAGGAUGAUUUCCUUCGAGCUUAACCAAACGAAGAUAAAUGGUGGAGAUCUCAUUUCACUUAGGUGAAAUAUCAUUUAUACAGGGUUAAGUGUUUUAAGGAUAAAAUACAUUGUAGGGUGUUACGGUAAUUUAAUCCUGUACAGUGUAAAUCAUCUAUAUAGAGGAUCAUUGAUCACAUUAGGGUUAUAACAAUGGAUAACUGAUGACGUGUCUAUAUCGUGGAACAUAUAGAACGUUUCUAUAUGACUGAGAGUGCAAUUCCAAGUUCUAAGUGUGGAUUCAAUGAGGAAUUAAUAAGUUAGGGAAUUUACUUGGUAAAUUCGGUUCGACUUAUUGGAAGCUCGGUUAUAUAGACCCAUGGUCCCCAUACUAGUUGAGGCCAUACUGCUUGUAAGACUCAGUUAAUUGAUUUUAAUUAAUCAAUUAUAAUUCUAAAAGUUAGACUAUGUCUACUUUAUGAAUUCUCACAGUUUAAGGAUGAAAUCGUAAAGAAAAGGGUUUCUAGGCUUAAUUAUUAAUUGAGAGACUUUGCGUGUCUAAUUAAUAAUUAUUUUAAAUGACAAUAUUAUUUAAUAAUCUAUUUUAGUUAUUAAAUAAUUAGUUUUGGCAUUUAAAUGAUUAGAAUUGGAAAAAUGGCAUUUUUG